AUUAUAUAUAAAUAUAUUUAUCUUUCAUUGAUAAACAAUAUUUAUUAAUUAUUUUUAAUGGGAUUAUAGUGACUGAUAUUGAGUUCAUUUAUGUAAUGUACACAUUUUAGAAUACAUUAUUUGUUAUACCACUGAUAUACCAAUAUUAUACAAGAUUCUAACAUGAGUAGAAUUAAUUACUUAUUAAAUUUUAAAAGGUAUUUUGGAGGAACCUUGCAGCUUGAAAUGAGAAAAUCAAUGGUAAUGCCAGCUGCAAGCGAGAUGCCCUUAUAUAGAAAUGUUUUUGACAGAGCAGAUAAUCCGAGAUUGUGGUCGAUGGACAACACAAAAUAUGAAAAAUCAGGCCCUGUAACAGAACUUAGUGAUUUGGUUACGCCUCAUGGCCAUGGGCACUUGUUUGGAAACACUGGUGUAACUCGUUACGCCCAUUAUGUAAACGUAUGGGAACCGGUUUUCCCAAGAACACCAGAUAUAUCAAAGGGCGAGUUGAUUUCAGGAGCUAAUUUCACUAGGACAAGUGGAUGGUACUCUCCUAACGAACCAACAAUAGUAUCAGUGGGUAAAUUGUCCCCUGCUAACCAGAGGCCGAUAGGGUAUGCUGAAAACUGUGUAAUUCCAGAAUCAACAUACCCAGAAUCAUUUCCUGAUUUUAGAGAAUAUAGACUACCACGUGGCACUGAUAGAAAGGCUACAAUUUAUCUCAUGACUGCAACUUUCUUCUUCUUCUUUUUCGCCUUUCUAAGGUCAUUAAUUUGUAAAGUUGUUCAUUACUUUUGGCUCACAAGGGACGUUGUAGCCGCAGGCUCAGUUGAAGUUAAUGUCGGACAAAUGUUACCUGGAGAUCAAAUUACUGUUAAAUGGAGAAAUAAACCAGUUUUCAUCAGACGAAGAACACCAGAAGAGAUUGCAAGAGCUAAGAAAGAUGAUGCAUUAUUUGAUACAAUGAGGGAUCCAGCAAUAGAUAGUGAGAGAAAUGUGAACCCAGAGUGGCUGGUAAAUAUCGGAGUGUGUACACAUUUGGGCUGUAUUCCUACAAGAGGUGGAAAUUACGGAGGUUUCUAUUGCCCAUGUCACGGAUCUCACUACGAUUCCUCAGGAAGAAUUAGACUUGGUCCAGCACCAGCAAACCUAGAAGUUCCUCCAUACAAAUUUAUUGAUGAUAACACUAUUAAACUUGGAUAAACCCAUAAAAUGAUAAUAAAGGUUAUCAUCUCAUUGUUUUAUUAGACCUAAGUAUAUCAUAAACCUGGAGAGUGAUGAUUAUUUCGUUCAUAAUCAAAUGGAGUUUCGAUUGGACAUUCGCUCAAUUAUUUGUUCCUUAAACUCCUUAACCGAUUUCAAAAUAUUUUCAACACUGUUGAUGAUAAUAUUAUGGACAAAUAAUCGUCCUCAUCUUGGUAAUAAUCGUCUAAUUCAUCAGAUUCUAAUGGGGAAUUGCAGAAUAUGUUUUUUAUUUAUUUAAGCACUUAAUCACAUAAUUUCAUUGUUUAACUUAUAA